GCCUGGUGCGACCUCGAGGUUAACAAGACGGACGCCUCUAUGUCGAACAAGGUGGAGAAGAUGGACGCGCUGCAGGCGAAGAUCGACAAGGCGGAUGCCGCCAUCGUGGAGCUCGCGAACGAGAUCAAGGCUCACAACGAGAUGGUGGAGAAAAUCACGGUCCACAUGAAGGAGUCGGUUGAGAUCCGCAAGGUGGGCAAGCAGGAGAACGCGCUGGCCAUCAAGGAUGCGCAGCAGGCCCAGACGGCGAUUGCCGACGCCGUCGCUGUGCUGGAGGCCUACUACAAGGAGAGCGGCAUGCUGCCGAAGGAGCCCUACGAGCUCGCGCAGACCGGCGCCGGAGCCCCCGCGGAGCUCGGCGAUGAACCCUCUACCUGGGACGCGUCCUACACUGGCGUCACCGAUCCCGCUGAGGCCGGCGAGGGCGUCGUCGCCGUGCUCAAGUCGGUGUCGGCAGACUUCGCAAAGAUGGAAGCGGACUCGAGGGCGCGCCACGAGUGCCAGGCGGCGCUCCCUCGGGCGCGCGCGAGAGGCCUGCGGGCUGCCUGCCUCCGGGAUCGCGGCCUGGAGGGCAACGCUGGCGGUGACUCUGCCGCAGCCGGCACAUCCCGUUACACGCUGAGGUUCGCAGACCCAAGGAAGGAGGAAGGCUUCGCCAACACCCACAAGGCGCAGCUGUCCCGCAACGGGGCGUGCGCCAUGGCCGCCUUCACCGUCUCGAUCCUCAUGAGCCUAGCUGUCCAUCGGUUCUGGGACGAUUCUCAGUACCCCACGAGGGAGGCCCUGAAGCUCAGCAGGUGGCAGUUGCUCGUCCACGUUGUCAUCCUCGUGUCCUUUCUCAUUUCUGUUGGCUCUGGGAGAUUGCUCGCCAAGCAUGGUAUGGUGAGCACCCUGGGACUGGAGAUCACCGUUGUGUCUGCGUGCGUAUUCGCAAUGGUGUGUUUCACUGUCAACCCGAAGCACUACAUGGCGCGAGUGUUCGGCUAUAGCGACACGGAGGCCAUAUGGGGCGUUGAUUUGGGCGCCACCGACUGUAGCUUAGUGCUGGCAGUUGACUUGGCGGUCACAUGUGUGCACCUGCUGAUACCCAUCCGCUGGGUGGUCCUCGUCCCCUUGGAGGUGGCCGCCGUCCUCUGCUACAUUGUGCCCUCGCUGCUUCUCGGUAGCCCGGUUAUGACCCAGGUCCCCUUCAACAUCAUCGCGAUCGUUGCCCUCGUGGUGAUUUCAGCCAUCGGGAAGCGGGCGUCCGAGAGACAGAUUGAGAGCAGCGAUGCGGCUUCGAAGGAAAAGGACCCCGGCUCCGAGCUCGGCGGAUCGACGCGCCCAGGGACGACGCCGAGCGCAGCGGCCUUCGACGGCAGCGUGGAGCACGCCUCGCUGGACCAGAUACGCGCCAUCGGCCAGCGGGAGCAGUGGCUGAUUGCCAGCGGUGAGGUGCAGCUCCUGACCGAUAUGGUCCUUGGCAGUGGUGGAUUCGGUGUUGUCGUGGCGGGGCUGUACCAUAACAACGUGGUGGCGGUGAAGGCGCCUAAGGAAGACAUCGUGAGCAAGGGCGCCGUAGGUUCAUCCCUGCCCGAGCUCUGCAACGAGCUGAGGACCCUUCGACGCCUUCGUCACCCCAACAUCGUCUUCUUGUACGGGGCGUGUAUGGACGCCGCCCUGCGCAAGCUGUGCCUCGUGCUCGAGUUCGUGGACGGCGUGCACCUAGGCGUGUUCAUCCGCGGCCCCAAGGCUCCCGCGGAGCCGCGCCCUGGAGCCCCACAGGCCAGGGACCUGGCCGGCGGCGCCUCCGUGCGGCCCAUGCUCAUCUUCGACAUCCUGAGCGCGCUGCGCUACCUGCACUCGCGGGAGCCCGUCGUCGUCCACGGCGACCUGAAGGACGCCAACGUCUUCGUGGAGGCGCGCUGCAGCAUGAGCGGGCGGAAGUCCUACCGCGCCAAGCUCCUCGACUUCGGCCUCUCGCGGAUCCUCACCCGCAGGGCCAAGCCUCUGGGGGGCACGCUGCGAUGGAUGGCGCCGGAGCUGACGGCUCGCCAGGCCGUCCCCCCCGAUUGUGCCGCCGAUUGCUACUCGUUUGGCUUGCUGACGUACUUCAUCGUGACACGGUGCUUCCCCUUUGAGGGCAGCCACGCCGAUCAGCUGAUGAGGCAGCUGAGGCGCGGCCAGCCGCUCAGUCUGGCGUGGCCCACGCCCGCCGACGAGCUCACGCGGGCCUGCCGGUCAGUGGUGGAGCAGUGCACGCGGGCGACCCCUGCCGCGCGCCCCACGACACAGCAGGUCAGUGACGAGCUGUCCACGCUGCUGAGUGCAUCUGCGGACGGGGCGGCGGAAGCAGCGGCGGACACCCCCUGCACCAGAAGACCCAGCAUCGGAGGCAAGAAGUUGCCAGGCGCCAGCGUGCCCACUGCCGCGGACGCCUCGGCGGCCAGGGCCCUCCAGCAGUUCGCGGGCGUAGUGGAGGCGAGGCAGCCCGGGCACGCCAGCGUCAGCUCACUCACGUCUGACAUGGGCUUCGGGAGCCUGCCCCCUGUGAAGGAGCACAAGGUAAUGCUGACAGGAGAAGCCGCGGACAGCAUCGCCUCGCCGCCUCCCAGGAGUCCAUCAAACUCGCAGGGGCAGCUGGCCCACCCUGAGUACGAGCCGACACCGCUGAGCACGCAGGCCCUCACUCUGGCGCUUCUGAUUUCGCAGUGGAACCAGACGGUGCCGAGGAGCGCUUGCUGCCGGCUGCACGGUGCUUUGCGCUCACUGGACGUGGUGAGGGAGGAGGUCAGCCGCAGGCCGUGCCGCAUGCCGCCAGAGAGUCUAUUCUGCGGCCAGUGCGGCUACUGUGGGCUGCUGAAAUACGGCCCGUCCCCCUGCGAGUUCUGCGGGCACCCCGGGGCCCCGGGCGCUGGGGAAGGCCCGCCUGAUCGCCCGGCCGCCUCGUCUGCGGUGUGA